AUGGAGCAAAACGCACAAAAUCCCAUCAGGCUUUUGAGCGUUACAAACACUGUCGCCGAGGUAGUCGUGCCGACAGCGGUCCCUACCGUGACGGACAUCUGGCUUCCCGAGCGCAUCCCCGACAGCCGCUAUCCCGACGAGGUCAGGGCCAGGGUCGACUGGCCAUAUGACGGCACCACCCGCUGGAGUUUGAGGAGCCUCCCCAUCAACACCUUCUAUAUAGGGCAUAACCGCACCGACUUUGAUGAUUUCAACUGGUGGGCCAGCCUGGGGCUCAAGUACUCGGGCGAGGGGGCGACGGUGCUCAACAUGGCGUACAGUCAUUAUAUAGGCGGGGCUUACGCAACGAAGGACAAGACGAUGACCUGGACCGGGACUACAAUGAGUUACUUCUUCACGGGCGAAUGUACAUCAACCCCGGAAGCCUCUCUUGCAAGAUGCACGGGGAGCUAUGGCAUCACGGGCAUCGUGUACACAUCAGUCAGCCCCGGGGGCACAACCGUGACGGUCAGUCCCAUAAGCUCCGUGACUCAGUUCCCCACCGCGCCCAGUGUCACCCCCGCGAGGGUCACCGUCACGGCUGCCCCGACGGACUACAUCCCGCCGAGCAGGGACGCCGGCGCCCCGUCCACGACGUCCUCAUCGUCGGGACGCGGUGCUCCGCAUCCGACGCAGCAUGUCGCUGCCAUCCUCGGCGCGGCGGUGGUGCUCGGCGGAGCGGCUGCGAUGGUGGUUUGA